GCCCUUGUGUCUGGUGCUCGCUAGAGCUGCCGCUGCUGCUGCCGCCGCCGCCGCCGCCGCCGCCGCCGCCGCCGCCGCCACUGCUGCUGCAGCCAGAGCAUCCAGGAGCCGCCGCCGGCGCUGCCGCCACUGAGCGCUGCUGCCACCGCUGCCGCCUCUUCUUCUAGGACUAGGAGAAAUCCAGAGCACGAGCGGCGGUACUGCUUGCUUGCUGCCCCAUUCCUACCCUCAGUGACCUACCCACUCCUUGCAGCCCUCGCGGGCACCUUCCCCAGCACCCCGGCAUCCCUGCAUCACCUGCCGGGGCAGCCUUGGAGCUGGCUCUGGGACUUGCCGCGAGCUCCUAAAGGAAGGCAGGCUCCAAACGCGUGCCCACAGAUCGAGUGUCGCGGCUGCACCACCACCAGCUGGAGGAGAAGAAGAAACUAUUUCGCCCACCGAAACCCCAUUCUGCUGGUGCUCUGCCACAGCCGCUUCUGCUGUCACCGAACCGGGUCCGCUCGGGUUCUAAAACCUCAGCGGCGGGGAUAGUGGGUCCGGCGGGAACAGGGAGGAAGACACCAGCGGACCCCGUACACUUGUGUGACCCUCUCACCAGCGUCUCCUUGUCCCCUCGAUCCUUCCCCAGACCCCUAGAGAAGGGACCAUGAUUUGGAAACGCAGCGCCGUUCUCCGCUUCUACAGCGUCUGCGGGCUCCUGCUACAAGCUGCUGCUUCAAAGAAUAAAGUUAAAGGCAGCCAAGGGCAGUUUCCAUUAACACAGAAUGUAACAGUUGUUGAAGGCGGAACUGCAAUUUUGACCUGCAGGGUUGAUCAAAAUGAUAACACCUCCCUCCAGUGGUCAAAUCCAGCUCAACAGACUCUGUACUUUGAUGACAAGAAAGCUUUAAGGGACAAUAGGAUUGAGCUGGUUCGCGCUUCCUGGCAUGAGCUGAGCAUCAGUGUCAGUGAUGUGUCUCUCUCUGAUGAAGGACAGUACACCUGCUCCUUAUUUACAAUGCCUGUCAAAACUUCCAAGGCCUAUCUCACUGUGCUGGGUGUUCCUGAGAAGCCUCAGAUUAGUGGAUUUUCUUCUCCAGUUAUGGAGGGAGACCUGAUGCAGCUGACUUGCAAAACAUCGGGCAGUAAACCUGCUGCUGAUAUAAGAUGGUUCAAAAAUGACAAAGAAAUUAAAGAUGUAAAGUAUUUGAAAGAGGAGGAUGCUAACCGCAAGACGUUCACUGUCAGCAGUACGCUGGAUUUCCGAGUGGACCGGAGCGACGAUGGAGUGGCAGUUAUCUGCAGAGUAGAUCAUGAGUCCCUCAAUGCCACCCCUCAGGUAGCAAUGCAGGUGCUAGAAAUACACUAUACACCGUCAGUUAAGAUUAUACCAUCAACCCCUUUUCCACAGGAAGGACAGUCUUUAACUUUGACUUGUGAAUCCAAAGGAAAACCACUGCCAGAACCUGUUUUGUGGACAAAGGAUGGUGCAGAACUACCAGAUCCUGAUCGAAUGGUUGUGAGUGGUAGGGAGCUCAACAUUCUCUUCCUGAACAAAACUGACAAUGGCACAUAUCGAUGUGAAGCCACAAACACCAUUGGCCAAAGCAGCGCAGAGUACGUCCUCAUUGUACAUGAUCCCAAUUCUCUGGCUGGCCAGAAUGGCCCAGAUCAUGCUCUCAUAGGAGGGAUAGUGGCUGUGGUUGUGUUCGUCACACUGUGUUCCAUAUUCCUGCUUGGUCGCUAUCUGGCAAGACAUAAAGGAACAUAUUUAACAAAUGAAGCUAAAGGCGCUGAAGAUGCACCAGAUGCUGACACAGCCAUUAUCAAUGCUGAAGGCAGUCAAGUCAAUGCUGAAGAGAAAAAAGAGUAUUUUAUUUAAAUUCAGGUCACAGCUCUGAUUUUUACUUACCAGGCUGACUGCUGGAGAAAACUGGCUAUCAUCUUUCAGAAAUCAUUCCUGCCAUCUUCUACUACUUUUAUUAAUAUCCAUGCUGUACUGCUAUCAGUAGCCAGUGUAUACCAACAACUAGCAGUCGAAAGCAUCAUUCUUUAAUUACUGUACCAUCCGUAAUGCAGGACAUUUCUUAUUGCCUAAAUUUCGCACCAUUGCUCUUUUAACAUACAGUGCUUGAAUAUACAGCCUUAACAAUGUUAAUCAUCUCACCGGAUCAUGAUAUUGAGUUGUUUUUAUACAUUGAAAGAAAUGUAUACAGAGCCCUUCCCCCACAUUUCUUUUCCUUUAAAUCAUAGACUUUAUUGGUUUGCCAUUAGACAGCUUUCACAAGUCACAGGAUUAGGUAAUGACCUAAUGUGCUUAAGUUUAAUGGAGGAUUAGAGGUUUACAAACAAUGUUUUCUACCUGUCUAUCUACAAAGACAACAUGUUUUGGAAACAUAUGCCCUAGAAAACACAAACUGAAAACACUGUAGUGUAGUUUCUGGAAUGUUUGAGAUUAUACUGGUAAUACUGUAUCAAAUCGCUAUUUAGAAAUGUAGUAUUUGAUACAGAGCCAUGUGUAUGGAUUCUAAUCAUGACAUGCCACCUUAUAUUAUGAUAUAGAUACUACCAUUAGGUUAUUGUAGCUUCAUUUGCCAAUAAAUUAUUACAAACAUUUAACUAUUUUGGGAAUCAUAAAGAUUUCAUUCAUGUCUCUAUUUGAUUCUAUAAUUUAUUUGCUCCAUAAAGAUUCACCUGCCUAAACAAAACUGAAGUAGGGCACAAUUUUGAGACAUUUUAGUAUCUGUAUAUAGUGCAUAUAAUAAAUCCAAUUAAACAUUAUUUGAUACAUAUUUAACUUUUUUGGCUGUAGGCUAUUCAGUCAUAAGUAUGCAUUUUCUAAUGUCCAUUAUAUCCCUUUAGAUAUUACUUAAACCGAUAUUAUAAGUAGAUAACAUGUAUUAGUAUUUUUGUCUGUAUGUCCUAGCACUGUCAACAACAAAUUUUUCUAGUUCCUGUUAAUUUUUAUUUGUUAUACAAUGGAAGCACAAUGUUAUAAGGAAAGGUAUUUUAAGCUAACAACCAGUGCACAGCCUCAGGUUUUAAAUCACAACCACAGUUGAAUAAUAACCUAAAAACAAACUCUUCAUUUGUUAAAUACUUACAAACUUUAAUUUAGCAGUUCCAGAGCUGCUUACCUAUGUUGAUUUGCCAAAAAAUGUUUAGGAUAUGUUUUCUGUAUAAAUGAACUAAUUCUUUAUAUUAAAUUCCUGUCUAUGCAUUCUGUGAGGUACAAACUUAUGAAACAGUGAGUGAUAGAGAAUUCCUGCCAUGCUUUUAACUCCAAGGUGAAAGUCUCUUUCUCUGGAUUAUUUUGAAAUUUUGGUGUAUUUAACUAUUAUGAAAUGCUGUAUUCUAAAUAUGACACAGAGUCAACCUAAAGUCUUAUUUCUUCUAGUGAGAUAUAAUAUUGCUAGAAUAGUUUUCAUUAAAUCUAUUAUAAGCUAAAGCAUAAAAAUCCAGUUAGAUUAAAAAUUAUUUUCCCAUUUAUGAGCACUGCACCUUUAAGAAGAAAACAAAUGACAAUAUGGUAAGCUGUCUUUGUGAUGUCUGACAGCGUGGUGACCUCAAGUUGUAAAAAUAUCUUGAAAUUUUUCGGGGGGAAAUGAGAAUGGUUGAGUACAACAUCAUGUAUUAAUAUCAAAUGAUAGACAAGGGUGCUGUAUCUUAAAUUAUUUAUCAGAAAAUUAUCAAUCCUUUAAGGACAAUGUUAGAAUCUUCCAGUUUUUUUAAUUGUUGAAGCAUUUAUCUUGUUGAUUUCUUACAAAAGAAAAAGGACGAUGUCAGUCAAGCAGCACUUUUUCAAAAUAUACAGAACAUAAAUAAUAUGAUGUGGUUGAGUGUUAACAUAAUAAAUCAUAUACAGUAUGAUAUUUUAAG